CACACGCAAACAACCAUGGCCGAGGACCAUGCCUGUUGGAUAAUGGAUCUUUCACGGUUCCAAAUAAGAUGAACUUGAAAUUUCUCAAAUUUAAUUUUACAAGUCGUAUGAAAAAAAAACCCUCACAAUCUUGGCAUGUGGAAUUUUUUUUAUAGUUUCAAGAAAGCAUGAAUUCCAAAUGUGUAAAUUUUUAAGAAAUUUACAUAUUUUCAUUGGCAGUCUUUUUCAUUUUGAUGGGGUAAAACCAUUAUAGCAGCUAGGAAAGAGAAAGAGAAUAAAGCUAGCAAAGCAAAAAUGUAAUGCGCGCAAAGUUAUACCGCACAUAGGAAUAUGGCACCAAAUCCACUCCUUUUCGAUGGAAUAUGGCACAAAAGUGGCCACGAACCAUCGAUAAAUAAUCACUCCUUCGAUGAAAAAUUCUCCACCCCCCACUGCACUCACGAUACCCGCCCCGCAAAUUAUUGUUAUUUUCGCUCAGCAAUACCCACCUUGCAAUUGGGGUUAUGGACGCAGUUCGUCGUCUGUUCAAUGGUAAUACGAACACUACCACGCUGAUCAACAACACGGAUGAAAUUGUGGAGGUCCGGGAGUUUCGCGGAAUAUUUACGGGCGAGAACAAUUUCAUCCGUCCGAUCACCAUGAAAGCUCGUCAACACACCGACAUCGACCCGACAAGGUAUGGCGGGGGUGACAGCCGAGGAGGGCAGCCUUCUUCUCUGAAAAUAUCCUGUGACGGAAGCCUUCUGAGGUGCCCGCCGUCGGGACAAGAUUUGCUGUUACGUGGAGAAGAAUUUAUUAAUUCCAAAACCGUAACUAUUGGUAAAUCGGAAGACCAAAAUUCGACUGGAGUUGUCAACUACGAAGUCAAAUUUCAACCACGAGAUGCCUAUGCCUCUGUCAGGACUAAGAAGCAUUGUGAGAAAGGGGUGUGAAACUGACUCGUAAGUAGGGUAUGACGAUGACCCUGGAUCCUUCUGUUAAAAGUAAUGCCUUGUUGUAAUUUUGUAUUUUGGGCUAAAAAUGUAAUGUUUAGUUUCGGGCCACAAAAUGUAGGUAUGUAAUUGCGCCAUGUUUAAGUUGUUUGUAGUUGGGUUAAUAUGUGAAUUAUGUAGGCCCAAGUAAGGUCCAAAUAUUGUAUCUAUAUAAAGCGCAUGUAAAGACUUUUCUAGAACCAGUGGAAUGAAAAAAUCUGUGAGUGCUUC